UAUGAAGAAUCAAAGCACAAAAGUUGCUCCAUUUUUCGUGUUUAUCACGAUACACUUGGCUCAGCCUAUAAAGUCAAUAUCCAAAUAAGGGAGCUCCAUAAAAGUUGCUCCAUGGAAAUUCUUUCUUUCAUGAUUAUGGUUGCUUGGUCACUCGUUCCCUGUAUCAUAGCAAAUGAUUCUAUUAACGUAUCCCAAUUUAUGAGUGAUGGGAAAACCUUGGUGUCAAAAGGUGGAAAGUUCGAACUUGGAUUUUUCAGCCCAGGCAGUUCCCAGAAACGUUACCUUGGCAUUUGGUACAAGAAUAUCCCAAUGCAAACAGUUGUUUGGGUUGCAAAUAGGGAAAACCCUAUCAAUGAUUCCUCAGGCAUCUUAACAGUGAACUCCACAGGCAAUCUUGUUCUCACCCAAAAUGGGUCUCUUGUUUGGUACACCAACUCUCACAAACAAGCACAGAAUCCAGUGGUGGAGCUCUUGGAUAGUGGCAAUCUUGUGAUAGGAAAUGAAGGAGACACGGACACAGAAGGUUACUUGUGGCAAAGCUUUGACUAUCCUUCUGAUACACUCUUGCCAGGGAUGAAGUUGGGAAGUGACCUCAGAACUGGUUUGCAACGGAAAUAUAUUGCAUGGAAGAGUACAGAUGAUCCAUCACCAGGAGAUGUUUAUAGGGUUUUGAAACUCUAUAACUAUCCUGAGUUUUAUUUGAUGAACGGAACAAAAAAGUUGUUCCGUUAUGGACCUUGGAAUGGCCAAUGUUUUAGUGGAAUGACAGAUCUACUAAACAACACCUAUAUUUUUGGCUUGAAUUUUGGCUUGAAUUUUGUGAGCAAUAAGGAUGAGAUUUACACCACCUUUAGCCUCGUAAGUGAUUAUGUCAUCACCAGAACUGUGACAAACCAAUCAGGUUCAAUUUCUCGUUAUGUUUGGGCGGUGGGUGAAGAUCAAGAUUGGAAAGUCUAUAGAUCCCACCCUAAAGAGGAUUGUGACACUUAUGGCCUCUGUGGACCCAAUGGGUAUUGUGUAAGUACUCAAUCACAAGCCUGCCAAUGUUUAAAAGGUUUCGGUCCAAAGUCACCAAAAAAAUGGAACUCUGCUGAUUGGAGUCAAGGAUGUGUGCGCAAUAAACCAUUAAGGUGCAAAGACAAACUCACAGAGGGGUUUGUGAAAUUUAAAGGCCUCAAAGUUCCAGAUACUACACAUACUUGGUUGGAUGAGAGUAUUGGUCUAGAGGAAUGUAGAGUCAAGUGCUUGAAUGAUUGUUCUUGCAUGGCCUUUACUAAUUCAGAUAUUAGAGGUAGAGGUAAUGGUUGUGUCAUGUGGUUUGGAGAUCUCAUUGACUUGAAACAGUUUGAAACUGGUGGCCAAGAUCUAUAUAUCAGGAUGGAUGCUUCUGAGUUAGAACAUGGGCACAAGAAGAACACGAUAGUUGCUGCCACCGUUGCUGCAAUAUGUGGGGUUCUUAUGCUAAGUACUUAUUUUAUUUGCAGAAUUCGGAGGAAUAAUGCAGAGAAAGAAAAAAGUGAAAAGGAUGACAUUGAUUUACCAACAUUUGAUUUUCCAUUCAUAUCCAAUGCCACAAAUCGCUUUUCACAAAACAAUAAAUUGGGACAAGGUGGCUUUGGAACAGUGUACAAGGGUAUACUACCAGAUGGGCAAGAAGUUGCAGUUAAGAGGCUUUGUAAAACUUCUAGACAAGGUUUGGACGAGUUCAAAACUGAAGUUAUGUUGAUUGCAAAACUUCAACAUCGUAAUCUCAUAAAGCUUCUUGGUUGUGCUAUUCAACAAGAUGAGAAGUUGUUGAUUUAUGAAUUCAUGCCCAAUAAAAGUUUGGACUACUUUAUUUUCGAUCCAACAAAGCGUGCAUUAUUAGGUUGGACUAAGAGAUUUGAAAUUAUUGGCGGAAUUGCUCGAGGACUUCUUUAUCUUCAUCAAGAUUCAAGACUGAAGAUCAUUCAUAGAGAUCUUAAAGCCAGCAAUAUUCUUCUUGAUAGUGAUAUGAACUCAAAAAUAUCAGAUUUUGGUAUGGCCAGGAUAUUUGCGUUAGAUCAAGAUGAAGCAGAUACAAAUAGAGUAAUGGGUACAUAUGGUUACAUACCUCCUGAAUAUGCUGUACAUGGAUCUUUCUCCAUUAAAUCUGAUGUUUUUAGCUUUGGUGUGAUUAUUUUGGAGAUAAUUAGUGGGAGAAAAAACAGGGGGUUUUGUGACCCAGAUCGUAGCCUAAAUCUUCUAGGGCAUGCAUGGAGACUAUGGAUUGAAAGUAGACCAAUGGAACUUGUGGAUGAAUUAGUGGAAGAUUCAACUACUCAAUAUGAAAUAAUAAGAAAUAUUCAUAUUGGUUUGUUAUGCGUACAACAGAGACCACAAGAUAGACCAAACAUGUCAUCAAUACUUCUAAUGUUGAAUGGUGAAAAGUUAUUACCCGAGCCAAGCCAACCUGGCUUCUACACAGGAAAAGAUAAUUCAACCAUGAUAGAUACUUCUCUCAGAAAUACUGAUUCAUAUUCCCUCAAUGAAAUGUCUAACUCAUUGUUGGAGGCAAGAUAAUUAAAAUAAUAUGAAAACAUAAAUUGUAUGUUAAUGCUUUCAAUUUAUUUUUGUUUGAAUCAUAUCAAGCAAUUGUUUCUUCUUCACAAGUUUAUAAAUGAGAGAAU